AGGAAGAGGCCGCUGCUCACCCCGCUCUGCAACGGGCUCAUCAACUCCUAUGAGGACAAGAGCAACGACUUCGUCUGCCCCAUCUGUUUUGAUAUGAUUGAAGAAGCCUACAUGACAAAAUGUGGACACAGCUUCUGCUAUAAAUGUAUUCACCAGAGCUUGGAGGACAAUAACAGAUGUCCCAAAUGCAACUAUGUUGUGGACAACAUUGAUCAUCUUUAUCCCAACUUCUUAGUCAAUGAACUUAUUCUUAAACAGAAGCAAAGAUCUGAGGAAAAAAGACUCAAACUGGACCAUUCAGUGAGUAGCACCAAUGGCCAUAGGUGGCAGAUAAUUCAAGAUUUGUUGGGAACUGAUCAAGACAAUCUUGAUUUGGCCAAUGUCAACCUGAUGCUGGAGCUCUUGGUGCAAAAGAAGAAGCAGUUAGAAGCAGAGUCCCAUGCUGCCCAAUUGCAGAUCCUAAUGGAGUUUCUCAAAGUUGCCAGGAGAAACAAACGAGAGCAAUUGGAGCAGAUCCAGAAGGAGCUAAGUGUUCUGGAAGAAGAUAUUAAACGAGUAGAGGAGAUGAGUGGCUUGUACUCCCCGGUCAGUGAGGACAGUACGGUGCCGCAGUUUGAGGCUCCCUCACCUUCACACAGUAGUAUUAUUGACUCCACGGAGUAUAGCCAGCCUCCAGGCUUCAGUGGCAGUUCUCAGACCAAAAAGCAGCCAUGGUAUAAUAGCACGCUAGCCUCACGACGGAAGCGGCUCACAGCUCAUUUUGAGGACCUAGAGCAGUGCUAUUUUUCCACCAGGAUGACACGUGUGUCGGAUGACAGCAGAACCACAAGCCAGUUGGAUGAGUUUCAGGAGUGUCUAUCCAAGUUCACGCGCUACAACUCUGUCCGACCCCUGGCAACACUGUCUUACGCGAGUGACCUCUACAAUGGCUCCAGCAUAGUAUCCAG